AUGAUUGAAGAAAUACUCGAGCGCUUGUCUCUCAAGAGCAUUGCUGUUGCUUUCAUCAGCGCCUUCGCUCUAUUAGGAAUAACUAAAUGGCUCAACAACGAAAGAAAGAUCCGCGCUUUAGGCGGGCAUACUCGAAGACAACCAACAUGGUUUCCAUUCGAUGCCGAAAUCAUCGUUCGUGCUGUCUAUGCCACCACGCACUACAAGGACGUUGAGUGUUGGACCCGUUGGUUCACGACGCCGAAAGGCAUGGACUACACCUUCGAAGCGUCACCCUUUGGACGGCGCAUGAUAUUGACUGCUGAGCCCGAGAACAUCAAAGCGAUACUCGCUUCGCAAUUUACGGCGUAUGGGAAAGGGGAGCCGUUUCAUCGGGAAUGGAAGGCAUUUCUGGGCGAUUCUAUCUUUACCACUGAUCAAGAACAGUGGCAUAACUCGAGACAGUUGCUCCGCCCUCAGUUUAUCAAGGACCGAGUCAGUGAUCUGGAUGUCUUUGAAGAGCAUGUUCAGAUCCUGAUGGAACACAUGACGAAAGCUGGGCGUUAUUGGGAUGGAAGACAGGGGAAGGAGUUUGAUCUUAGUGACUUGUUCUUCAGGUAUACUUUAGAUGCAGCAACACACUUCUUGUUGGGUAGGAGUGCGGGGAGUUUGGAGAAUCCAGAACUAGAAUUUGCAGAUGCGUUUGCAGAGAUCCAGAGGAUACAGAACUUCCUCGCCAGAGCUGGACCCCCCAAAAAGUUCUUCCCCCGAACGACCUUCAACAAAAAACUCAAGAUCCUAAACGAAUUCGUCAACCCAUUCAUCGAUGACACGCUCCGUCUCACUCCAGAAGAACUAGCUACCAAGACCAAGUCCGAAGAAGGCUAUACCUUCCUGCAUGCCCUCGCCGGCUUCACGCGUGACAGACAAGUCCUGCGCGACCAGCUCGUCGCCGUCCUGCUAGCCGGCCGCGACACCACAGCAUCGACCCUGUCAUGGAUAUUCUACGAACUAGCCAAACACCCUGAGAUAUACCAGAAGCUGCGGAAGCAGAUUAUAGAUCGGGUGGGGCUGCAUCGAGCACCGACGUAUGAUGACUUGAAGAGUAUGAAGUAUUUACAGAACGUCAUGCACGAAACCCUCCGCCUCUACCCCGUCGUCCCCUUCAACCUCCGCCUCGCGCUCCACGACACCACUCUCCCCCUAGGCGGCGGUCCCGACGGCCUCUCCCCGCUGGGGAUCCUCAAAGACGACAUCGUAACCUACUCAACGCUCAUCAUGCAACGGCGACCGGACCUAACCCCCAACGCGCUCUCCUUCUCCCCCGAGCGCUGGGACACGUGGCAGCCGAAGCCGUGGACCUAUAUCCCGUUCAACGGCGGACCGCGCAUCUGCAUCGGCCAGCAGUUUGCGCUGACGGAGAUGGGGUAUACGGUUGUGAGGUUGCUGCAGAGGUUCAGCGCACUGGAGAGUCGGAUGGGGCCGGUGGAUGGGGGCAGCCCGUGUUUGAAGGCUGAGAUUGUGUUGCAGCCGGGCCAGGGAGUGCUGGUUUCGUUUGUGGAGGGAGAGGGGAAGGGGGAAGAAGGGGGGGAUAGUGGAUGA